UUUCCCGGGAAAGAACUAACCAUAAGAUGACACCGUGCUACUGUUUUCCUGACUAAUAAAAAAGUGACUUUUAUUAGUGUUUCUGGAUUUUAGGUUUUUGUUUUUGGGGGUGAAUUCAGUUAAUCUGGGACUGAAAUCGGACAUAUGGACGUCUUUUUGUGCAUCAAGGAUGAGUUUGUGAAACAGUCAUAUAUGUGGGGAUCAUCCCCAGACUCUGGACUUUAAACUUAAACGGCAACAAACACACAGACGGACGGAGCGAUCACUUCAGCUGUGGACCCAAAGACCCAGCCUGACGCACGGAGACGGACAGACAGACAGACAGUCUGAUGCCAACUGUCUCCACUGUCAAUCUCACGGCACCACUCCUCCUCCUGUUGCUAUGGGCAACCCACCCCACCAUGGCAACCAAUUGGCUCUCCCUGGCGAGGCUGCCCCGUUCCCGGCCUGUGUCUGGUGCUGCCCCAUGUGCACGGCUGAGGGGGCUGACCCCAGGCCAGGUGGGGGUGUGCAGAGCACGGGGGGAGGUCAUGGAGUCUGUACGCAAGGCAGCAGAGAUGGUCAUAGAAGAGUGCCAGCACCAGUUCAGGAAUCGCCGCUGGAAUUGUUCCAUCACCCCACGUGGGAUCAAUGUAUUUGGCAGAGUGAUGAACCAAGGCACUCGUGAGGCAGCCUUUGUGCACGCUCUGUCCUCAGCAGCUGUGGCGGUUGCGGUGACCCGAGCCUGCACCCGUGGGGAGCUGGAGAGGUGUGGCUGUGACAGGAAGGUCAGGGGGGUCAGCCCGGAGGGUUUCCAGUGGUCAGGGUGCAGUGACAACCUGUCCUAUGGUGUGGCUUUCUCUCAGACAUUUGUGGAUGAACCAGAGCGAGCCAAGGGGCUGUCAGCAGGCCGGCCGCUCAUGAACCUCCACAACAACGAGGCGGGUCGAAAGGCCAUCCUUCAUAACAUGCAGGUUGAGUGUAAAUGUCACGGUGUGUCUGGGUCCUGUGAGCUGAGGACCUGCUGGAAGGUCAUGCCCCCAUUCAGGCGUGUGGGCGUUGUGCUCAAGGAACGUUUUGAUGGAGCCACAGAGGUCCGCCUGACACGUAUAGGCUCCAGGACAGCCUUGCUCCCCCGAGACUCACAGGUCAAACCCCCUGCUGCCAGAGAUCUUGUGUAUCUUGCACCCUCCCCAGAUUUCUGCCGUCUCGACCCUGAAAAUGGUAUUCCUGGGACUGCAGGUAGAAGAUGUAACGGAACGUCUCGGCUGGCACCAGAUGGUUGCGAGCUGGUGUGUUGCGGGCCAGGCUACAAAGCAGGCCGGGCUGAGGUGGUGCAGCGCUGCUCCUGCAAGUUUUCCUGGUGCUGCUCGGUGCGUUGCCAGCAGUGCAAGAAUACGGUCACCAUUCAUACCUGUAGAGUGUAAGAAGUCCUAACAAGGCCUGACCAAAUGAGCCCAGAUCCUAACCAACCACCAGACAGACACCGCUGGACACAGCGCGGGUUAACUUUGACACCAAAUUAUCGUAAUUAUUGUCCAAAGCAGCCUUUCUUUGUCCACGUUUUCCCUUAGAGAAGUGAAACUGCAGUUUGGUUUGAUUGUUUUCUUGUAAAAACUGCAAAAUUAGAACUAAUGUAAAGACAAAGCUCCAUCGGGAAGUACAAAAAAAAAAAAGUCUGCUCAGCUUUUAAACUGCUCAAAAUAUUAAGACAGACAAACUGACAGGCACAGACAUGCAUACAGGUGUAGCCAUGAACACACACAAACACAGCAGUUAAUCACACGCUGAACUGACAAAGCUUUUAAAGCAGAGCUUAACCCAAACUAACUCUCAAACACUGAAGAUUUCUUUUAUCUUGUAUUCUGUUAUAGGCUAGCACGUCUUUGGACUUGUACUGUAUUUAUGUCUUCUUUUUGAUUCUGGUUUAUUUAUUUGUAUAUCAGAGUCUUUGCUGCACUUACUUCCAUGUCUUGUG